AUUAGAGGAGACAAGAGAGAUCGCCUCCUCGCCGUCCGAGUUUUGUAUGCCCGCCUGCUUGUUUCCCUCCAAAUUCUUCCUUGCCCCGAUCGCGCGAGAUGCCGGCGCCGCACGAGCGCGGGCCGCAGCGCCGCCGCCGGGUGCUGGCGCUGUCGGCGGUGUGCCCGUGCGAAGCCAUCUCGCCGGCGCCGCUGCUAGCGUCGCUCGUCUCCCUCGCAGCCGACGUCGCCGGCCGCCACGACGUGGCAGCGUUCCCCGCGCUCCGGAGCGGGGCGCGCGAGGCCGUCCGCCUCGCGGGCGUGCUCCUCGCGUUCCUCGAGGCGGUGCGCGAUGCGGCGGGGUCAGCGGAUGUCCCGUUGCCCAGCAAGGCCGUGCUGGGGCUGUCGGAGCUGCACGUGGCGCUGCAGAAGCUGCGGUUCCUGCUCGCCGACUGCGCCAGGAGGGGGGCGAGGCUGUGGGUGCUCAUGAACGCCGAGCUGGUCGCGUCCGAGCUCCGGGUGGUGCUGGGAUCCGUGGCCACGGCGAUGGACGCGCUGCCGAGGGACGUGGUGGGUGCUUCUGACGAGGCAGGGGAACUCGGGAGGAUGGUGUCCGAGCAGGCGUGGCGUGCGGCGGUGCGGCCGGACGCGGAGGACGAACGCGCGGCGCGGAGCGUGCGCUCGGUGCUCGCGUGGUUCGGGAGCGGCGUCACGCCGGGCGCAGAGGACGCGAAGCUGGUGCUCGGUCGUGUCGGCAUAGCCAGCUGGUCGGACUGCUCCGAGGAGGCGGCUUUCUUGGAGGCCGAGCUGCUGGAGCGCUUGGAGGCCGGCGGCGAGAAUGACAACGACCUCGUGCUCAUCAGCGGCCUCAUGGCGUUCCUGGUGUACUGCAGCGUCGUCUUGUUUGACCGCAUGGACUCCAAGAAGGCUGACGCGGCCGCACCGGUGACCAGACCGGCGAGCUGCGCGGCGUGGAUCAACCCGGAGGCGCUGCAGUGCCCGAUCACUCUGGAGCUGAUGACCGACCCGGUGACCGUGGCCACCGGCCAGACGUACGACCGCGCAUCCAUCAACAAGUGGAUUAAGAAUGGGUGCCGGAAGUGCCCCGUCACCGGCGAGAGGCUCCGAAACGCCGAAGUCGUGCCGAACGUCGCGGUGCGCGGAGUCAUCGAGCAGCUGCUACUGAGCAAGGGCGCCUCGCUCCACGAGCCCAGCAGCAAGCACCGGUGCGCGGUUGACAAGACCGCCGCGCCGUUCGGCGCGGUCUCUGCUGGCGGCGUGCGGCUCGCCGUGGCCUUCCUCAUCGCGAGGCUGUCAAGGGGCACGCCGGAGGAGCAGAAGAAGGCGACGUACGAGGUCCGGAAGCUCUCGAAGCGGAACGUCUUCUACCGGGCGUGCCUCGUGGAGGCCGACGCCGUGCCGUGGCUACUCCACCUGCUCUCCUCCACGGACGCGUCCGUGCAGGGCAAUGCCGUGGCGGGCCUCCUGAACCUGUCGAAGCACCCGGCCGGGCGGAGAGCGCUGAUGGAGGCGGGCGGCCCGGGCCUGAUCGUGGACGCUGUGAACGUCGCCGCGAAGGUCGAGGCGCGGCAGAACGCAGCGGGCGUCCUUUUCUACCUCUCGUCGAACCCCAAGUACUGCGAGGAGAUCAGCCGCAUCCCGGAGGCCAUCCCAACGCUGGUGCACCUCGUGCGGGAGGGCGCGUACCGCGGGCGCAAGAACGCGCUGGUGAGCCUCUACGGGCUGCUCCAGUGCGUGGAUGGCCACGGGAAGGCGGUGUCCGCAGGCGCCGUGGCCGUGGUCGCGGGCCUGCUGUCCGCUGGCGGCGACCGGGGGGACGACCUCGCUCUCGACGCCAUCGCGCUGCUCGCGAGGCUAGCGGAGCAGCCGGCCGGCGCGCGGGCUGUCGUGGCCAGCUCGGCGCUGGUCACCCGCCUCGUGGACUUCCUCGGCGAGGAGGCGUCGCGGUCGGCGAAGGAGCACUGCGUGGCGCUGCUGGCGUCGCUGGGCCGGCACGGCGGCGACAAGGUGCUCGCGCUGCUGGGCAAGUUGCCGGGCCUCAUGCCCGCGCUCUACGCGCUCAUUGCCGACGGGAGCCCCCAGGCGGGCAAGAAAGCGCGGUGGCUGGUCAACGAGAUCCACCGGCACUACGAGCAGCGCCAGCCGCCGUCGGCCGCGCCCGCACCACUGGCGGCAGCUGGUGACCGUAUCGUUCGUGUAUAGUAGUGUAGAGCACACGAACUAGGUGUCACACGUUGUACAUUUGAUUUUCUUCGUUUUUCUUUUCCUUUAAUUGUGGUUUUGAGGGAUCAAAGUUUCAUCUUUCCUGGCUCGAGUUUUUGAAGAA